AUGCUUACUUGGCGGCGUCUUGUCCGACCAGCAGGGGCUGUAGCAGCAUCUGCAGCAGCCUUUGCAGCCAGCACAUCGCAGCCAAGCAAAUGUGAUGACAAGGAUCCGCCACAUCCUCCGCGAUAUCCGUUCUGGGUGAAGUCUAUUUUUCAUUCGCAUGAGAUCCCCAGCGUUCGACGUGGCUACGAGGUCUAUCGUCAGGUUUGUGCCACGUGCCACUCCAUGAAGCAAUUGCACUUCCGCCACUUGAGCAAUUUUGUCUUGCCAGAGAAGCGCAUGAAGGAGAUUGCGGCAUCCUACGAUGUUGUGGACGGACCAAACGAUGAGGGCGAGAUGUUCACGCGCCCGGGCAUUUUGGUGGAUGCCUUCCCCUCGCCAUACCCAAAUGAGGAAGCUGCGCGCUAUGCAAAUGGCGGCGCCAAUCCUCCCGAUUUGUCUGUGUACACCACGGCCAAGCACGAGGGCGUGGACUACAUUUUUGCCUUGCUGUUGGGGUACCGUGAUCCUCCAGCCGGAAUCGAAGUGCGUGAUGGGCUUUACUACAAUGUCUACUUCCCUGGAGGCCUGAUUGGAAUGCCAAAUCCUCUUCACGCAGAUGGUCUUGUGGACUAUGAGGAUGGCACUCCAUGCACCAAAUCUCAGAUGGCCAAAGACGUUGUGAACUUCCUGUGCUGGGCUUCGGAGCCAGCCCACGAUGAGCGCAAGCUCAUGGGCCUGAAGGCAUGGAAAGCAGACAGCGUCUGGCGGCGCCAGAUCAUCAGGUGCUUGCUCAUAGCUGCCUGCAUUGCCAUCUCUGUGCCGCGGGCACCGACAGGCCUGGCCCUGGCAGAGCCUGGCCUGGUCGUUGCGGUCAGGGGCAAUGCCGUGGCCGUGUCUUUGGAAGGUGAGCCCGGGUGCACGUGCGACAUGAGUGACCUUUUGCAGGACUUGAACACAUGGACACAGUCUGAUGCUAGGGAGCAGGAGGCCGUGCCAUACGCCUACCGAACUUUUGGUUUUCCUCAUGUCCAGCGAAGUCUGCGAAAGCUCUGGGAACAAGGCCGCCUAAUGGUAUCCUGUUAUGGUGCCUUCACAUGGCUGCGCACUGGAAGCCGUGCAGUGCCUGAUUUGCCGCCUGAUGCAUCUGAUGUGGCGCGCAGCAUGGCUCGUGUUUCCGAUCGAGCAAGCACGGAAGCCUCGGAUGAAGAGCUACGCCAAUGGAUUGGGAGAGAAUAUGGCGAAGAUGGCCUGGAGAGAUUGCUGCAAACUGCUGAGAAGGAGUCUGCAGAUGCGCUGCAGGAGUUGAAGGACUUUUUCAGCUGGUUUAGAGAACACUUCCCCUACUACCAUGGAGCCUGCGAGUAUUGCAGCAAUGACUCAACACACCUCCUAGGUAUAGUGAGGCCAAGCGAUGAGGAAAUGCAGACUGGAGGUGCAGGAGUCUCCGAGCUCUAUUCCUGCAAAGGUUGCAACUCCACGACGCACUUCCCUCGGUUUAGAACAGUCAGACCUGUGCUAGCCUCACAUCGUGGUCGAUGUGGUGAGUAUUCCUGGAUGGCGGUGAGAUUCCUAGAAGCCCUGGGUUUCCCCGCCAGAUGGGUCGACAACCAUGCUGGCCAUGUGUGGGCUGAAGCGGGAGUGGGUGGACGCUGGGUGCAUAUCGAUCCAUGCGAGGCAGCAGUUGACGAACCUCUUCUGUAUGCGGUGCAAUGGGGAAGAUGUCCGCAACAUGUCCUAGCGUACCAGAUCAAUGAAUCCGGAACUACUGUCCAUGACGUCACCCGGGAGUACCGCCCUGCAGAUGCUGAGGAACUUCCACAGGCCACCACCAGACAAGUGGCAAAAGCUCUUGCAGGGGCUGCUCAGCAAGCAGAGCGCCAGCAGCAUGAGGAAAUGGGAGCGGAACUUCUGAGUUUUGCCUUGUUCUAG